ACACAAAGUACUAGAGAAAACUGAAUUCAAAAACUAUAACCGUUAAAAAUUAAUAAAAUUUUAAAAUAAAAUGAAAGGAUGUAUAAAAUUAAUUUUUCUUGUGACUUUUGUCAAUGCUGUGAUAGCUACAGAUUAUUGCAGCAAAGACAUUUGUAAAGAAGGUGACACCCAUGUUGCCUGUAAUAAUGAAGGCAAAUUCUCCCCCAACUGUCCCAGUGAUGCCGAACUUAGAGAAAUAACUGAGCCAUUAAAAAACUUAAUUGUCCAGACUCAUAAUGAGAAACGUAAUACUAUUGCGGCUGGUGGUGGUGAUCUUAAGCCGGUUUGUCGCAUGGCCACCAUGGAAUGGGAUGAAGAAUUAGCUUCUCUGGCUAAACUAAACGUCUUAAAAUGUGAAAUGGAACACGAUAAAUGUCAUAACACCGAUGCUUUCAAGCAUUCGGGACAAAAUCUUGCAGAUAUAGGCUUUUUAGAAACUGCUAAUGAUACCGACAGCAUACUGCAAUCUAUUGAUUUAUGGUUCAAUGAAAAAAAGAAUGUUAAACAGAAUAUUAUUGAUAAAUUUCCGAGGGAUUAUGCGGGACCAAUGAUAGGUCAUUUCACAGCAUUGGCGUCUGAUCGUAAUAUACGAGUAGGUUGUGCUGCCUCCACUUACACUGUAGCUGGCAAAGAUUUUAAAGAUUAUUUGUUUGCUUGCAAUUAUGCCGCCACCAAUAUGGUUGAUUUCCCCAUCUAUAAAAGCUGCGAUAAACCUGCGGCUGAGUGUCAGUCUGGCACUAAUCCAUCUUACGAAAAUUUGUGUUCCACCUCGGAAUCAUAUGAUGUUAAUAAAUAUUAUUAGGGAUAUAAAUAUUGAAAAAUUCCCUAUUUAUCAAAAGAAUUCCUUUAUACAGAAUAUUUUUCAUAAAUUUUCUUUUUAUAGAAAAUGUU